AUGACUAUACGUGUUUUAAUAUGCCAAAAACAAAUACUGGAACCAGAGGAUAUCUUUGAUCAUUGCUCAUAUGGCAUAUCGAGUCUCGUCGUGUUGAAAUCAUCGUUACUGUCACGAUUAAUUGAAAUAAUACUGGUUCACAUCAGCGUCGUAUCUACUGAUUUUGUACAUACGUUAGCAGAUGAAUACGCGCUCUUCUUAUCGUUCUACAUAUACUGUCGUGAAUAA